UAUAGAAUCGUAUAUGCAAUUGAAAAUGUUCGCACAACAGAAAUAAAUAUAUUUAAACUAGAGAUAAAAGCUGAUAUUACGAUUAAAGCUCUUAAUAAUUUUUUUUAAUCAUAGAUUCCUCGACUUUUCACUCGUUCAGUAAAUUAAUUCCACUUCUAAUUCUAAUUGAUUUAAAUUAAUUUAAAGCGACUCGUAUAUGUCAUGCAGAGUCGCCGGAACUUUGACCGCGCGAACAAUCCUCAUUUCUUAACGACACCAAUUCGAAACAAUACCUUCACAUCUCAUAGUUUGGAAGAUACUCGCUAGAAAUGGAAAAAUGUUUUCUCGACGUUUCAAUCUCUAGACGUCGAGAUAAACACGUUUGAAAUAUCGCAUUCCCCGAUGUUCCCUACGUUUUUCUAAAAAAAUGUCGCAAUUUUUUCCCCCAUUUUCGGAAAAGUCGGAAAAUGAUUCGCAUCAAGGAUUACUCUGGGGACAAGACCUCGACAGGACAUGCCAUCAUCGAACUCGUCGGCGGUGGUCUCUCGACGAUGCAAACAAUUACUUUCGUCCGCUCGCCGACGUGUCAUAUUUUGAACGCCCGGGUCUCAACCUCCUCGCUUAUCGACUGGGCGCGGCUCGCGGCCGAGUGCUCUCCCGCGCCGUGAACCACGUGGGCGGGGCACGGCAGUAGUGGCGUCGCGGAUCGAUCGGGCCGGCCGGCGCUCUCCUGGACGACCGGUGGGACGAGCACACGGUGAUGGUACAAGAAGACGGGGGCUUUCGUUGAAGGAGGCUUUACGCCGGGGCGGUCACGAAGCCAAUAAGUGGGACAUACGCUCCAGCAUCUCCGUAUUUCGUAGUGAACUCGCCGUCAGGACGGACCAUCCAUCCGCGCACGGCAUCAGGAGCACCGUCGUCCGCGAAUACCGCUCUGAGCCUCCCGUGUCGUCGACGUCGUCGUCAUCGUUGUCCUCGCCUGUCAUCGUCCUUCGGCAACAGCAAGUUCCUCCCUUCGCACGAUCCUGAGGCAGACCUUCCGAUUUUGGAACUCUCCACGUGUUCCUCCGUCAACGGACCGUAUCACACUCCGGCAAUAUGGCGCCGAAUCUGUUCGGCACUUCCGCGACCUUGUUCCUCGAGGCCACUCAGCAGGACGUUUCGCAGAAUAAACCGUCAUCGGAGAAGAGCGCUGCGCAGAAGCUGCCGUCGUUGCAGAAGACGCAGAGUGUGAAGCCUAAGUACCAAUGGAAGAUCGUCUGGCGGAACGUGAUAGCCUUCGUCUAUCUUCAUCUGGGCGCACUUUACGGGCUCUAUCUUUUGAUAACGGUCGCCAAAUGGUCCACGACGAUCUGGACUGUUUCGAUCGGAGCACUCGCAGCCAUUGGCGUAACCGGGGGCGCUCACAGACUUUGGGCUCAUCGAUCGUACAAAGCAAAGUGGCCAUUGAGAGUCAUUCUCAUGAUCCUCCAGACGACGGCCUUCCAAAAUCACAUCUAUGAGUGGGUGAGGGACCACAGAGUUCACCAUAAGUUCACGGACACGGACGCGGAUCCGCACAACGCGCAGAGGGGCUUCUUCUUCUCGCACAUGGGCUGGCUGUUGGUUCGCAAACACCCGGACGUCAUCAGAAAGGGUGCUACGAUCGAUAUGAGCGAUCUCGAGAAGGACCCGGUCGUCGUCUGGCAACGCAGGUUGUACAUCGUCCUAAUGCCGCUAUGUUGCUUCCUCAUUCCCACGUGGGUGCCGUGUUACUUCUGGAACGAGAAGCCCAUGUACGCGUGGUACGCCAGCCUCAUGAGGUACACGUUAUCGCUGAACCUGACCUGGCUGGUGAACUCUGCGGCUCACAUAUACGGCAUGAAGCCGUAUGACAACACCAUCAGUCCUACCGACAGCUACAGCGUCGGCAUCACCGCAUUCGGCGAAGGCUGGCACAAUUACCACCACGUCUUCCCGUGGGACUACAAAGCCGCCGAAUUGGGCAACUAUCGCACCAACUUCACCACCGCCUUCAUCGAUAUGUUCGCUAAGAUCGGCUGGGCAUACGACUUGAAGACCGUGGCGACUAACAUAGUGAAGAAACGCGCGGCCAGAACGGGCGACGGUACGAAGUACGAGCGAACGGCCGAUGCGCAUCACCACUCGCACGAGAACGCUAUAUGGGGCUGGGGCGACACCGAUAUGCCCGCCGAGGACAUACAGAAAGUCGAGAUCUUUAACAAGGGCGACUAGGCCCUCGUAUACCUCCGCAGCUCAAACGGGAACCGUGUAGAACUGCACGUCCGGCGGACGCGUGUGAUCGGCUCACGAUGCGUUGCAUCGUAGAAAUUUCAUAAUAUUACGAGUUGGUUGGAUGAGCUUCGAGCUCGGAUAUCGUUUCACGGCUUCGUCCUAGAACUCGGGAGUCAUAAUCGUUGCGCUUCAAUUUCGAACGACCUCUCGGUGACAGAAUCGCGGUUUACAGGCGGUUGAUCAAUAGCCGUUAAGUCUUUUCAUCUCUCGUCGCAAUAUACUGUGUGAUUUACAUUUCAAAUAUUUCUUUUUCUCGUUGUUUUUAACGACAGUAAUUGAUUAUGUAUAAGGGCCUUUUUUCGUUGAAUUUUACGUAAUAUACACUCGGUCAUAGGACGGUUGUAACAGUUUACCUCUUACAUACUUCAGAACAUCCAGAAAAUACGACGUAACGAAAUUAUGAUAUACGGACAUGCGCAAUAGAUAGAUAGUAAAUAAGUAUGUGUCAAAAUUACGUAUGCACAUGUAAUUUUGAUACAUACAUGUCUUAUUUUUGUAACUGUCCGACCAUCUAUUGCGUAUGUUAGACAUGAUGUCAUAGGUUCGCUUUGUCAUAUUUUUUGCGCAUUCCGAACAUGUAAAAAAAUUGUUACCGACCUGUGACCGUGUGUAUACAUAUAUAUUCAGGUAAUUAUCGGUAGUUAAAUAUUUCCGUCGAAUACUGCGUGCGUUUUGUCCUUCGAAAUAAAAUUGUCGCGACUUAUCUGCCACCGAUUAAACUCGGUACACUUAAAAGGAAUUACACGAAUGUUUGAAGAAAACAUGUAACAAGAUGGGGGAUGAAAACGUGGGUAAAACCAUUUCAGUUUUACGCAACACGACUGACAAUAUUUUAUUUUAUUAAUAUUUAUUAGUAUUUUUAUUUUAUUCAUGUUUCCGGCAACUCGUUCUUUUUCUGAAUUUCUUUGACGCUUCAAAAUUCUCCGCAUGCGCAGACCGGAGAAUAUUCCGAGCGUACGGUAACACACUUUCAAGCAUAAUAUCCUCCCACAAUAAAUAUUGAUACUGGCAAUAUAUCAACAUAUCUUAUGGCACUAAAAAAGAUCCGUGCUUUACUCCUAAAGGCCCGUAAAUAAUUCUUUGUUUGGUUAGAUCAAAUAAAAAAAAGGAGCAUUCUUCCCUGAUUUUCUUUCGUUUGUUUCUAAAAUACGUUAUUCAAAUUACUCGAAACACCUGAAUGUCGUGAUUCCACACGGUUAUACGGGAAAAAAAAUCUUCAUUCGAGUAUAGGAACCGGGCGUGAAACGAUAUAUAUCUGUUACCGCAAAUGUUCGUGUGAACGUACAGCUGUAACUCAAAACUCGUUUUGAGAUGACUAAAAGCAAUUGACUGUGCAGAAACCUAGAGAAACUUUUCUGUUCUUAGAACCGAAUUUUCCGUCCGGCUUUUACGCCAGAUAGAAUAGGGAGUGACGAUGACGUCCAAAUGACGUUCAAGAUGAUGAGAAAAUGAUCGAAAGGUGAGCUUUUACAAUCAUUUUCCCAUCGUUGCGACAUCGUGAUUUUCUGCUUUAUCUGCGUCUUCCUAUCAGGCAACGGAAUAUUCAGUUCGCACUGACGGAAUUGUUUCUCUCGCGUGAUCAUUCAAUUAUCGGUGAACCUGAUACUCGUCGCAGGGCGUGCAUGUUCUACGCUGGAAAUUCUCACUGCUAACGCGGAUAAAAAGGUGAUAUGAGAACUGUGACCGGUUGUGUCGAGGAAUACCCGUCGACUCCUGGGUGCCAUUGUCGAAGAGAAGCUUACCCAAGGAAUAUCCGUAAGUAAAGUAACUGUGGCGUCUCUUCGACAACCGCAUCAAGGUGGUCUAUUCCCGACAAACCGCGUCAUCGUUCCCGAAUCACCCUUCUCGUGCAAGCUUAUCUAUAGCUAUCAUCUAUCUCUAUCCUUCGAAUUAUUUUAUCUACUGUGCUGGCACGUUGUACAAUGAACGAUCCAAAGAUCAGUGGUCAAUCGUUAAUAAUGGCGUCAAUUAAUAUUUAUUGUAUAAUAUUA